CGUCAUCACAGAGCGCGUCGCUUGCGGGAUGGUGGCUCCCGCCCGGCUUCUUCGGCGGGCCUUUUCCUCAGCGUCCGACGGGCGGAGGUCGAGAAGGGCGUGGGAGGCUUCGCUGUCGCCUUUGGAGAGACUGAAGCGGCUGCUGCCGCCGGAGCAGGCUGCGGCGGUGGAGCGCUGCGCGGAGCCCCGCUCCUCGGCCUCCCCGCAGGCGCCUCCCGAGGAGAAAAUGGCGGCGCCGAGUGCGGCGCCCACCGCAGCGCCUUCCCCGCAGGGACCUCGCGAGGAGAAAAUGGCGGCGCGCCUCAGCCCGCUCCGCGCGGGGGAGCUGGCGCUGGCGGAGCUGCGGAGGAAGCACAACGCGACGCUGAAGCUGCUGUGCCGCUUGGAGGCGGGCGCGGUGCUGAACUCGCACGGCGGGCUCCUGCCGCACCGGGACAUCAUUGGGCGGCUGCCCGGGCAGCUGCUGCGCUCCUCGGCCGGGGCGCGGCUGCUGCUGAGGCGGCCCUCGCUGGACGAGUACGUGCUGCUGAUGCCGCGGGGACCCACCAUCGCCUACCCCAAGGAUAUCAGUGCUAUGCUGAUGAUGAUGGAUGUCCACCCAGGAGACGUUGUGUUGGAGAGUGGCAGCGGGUCUGGUGCUCUGAGCUUGUUUCUGUCAAGAGCAGUUGGGCACGAGGGACGUGUUAUCAGCUAUGAAAUCAGAGAUGACCAUCACAACUUAGCAAAGAAGAACUACAGGCAUUGGCGCACAACGUGGAAAAUAGGACAUAUGGAGGAGUGGCCAGAUAACGUGGAUUUCAUUCUUAAAGACAUCUCAAAAGCUGCUGAGGAUAUGAAAUCUUUAACAUUUGAUGCAAUAGUUCUGGAUAUGCUUAACCCUCAAUCUGCUCUGCCUGUUGUACACCCCAGUCUUAAAGAGGGUGGUGUGUGUGCUGUGUAUUUAGCUAACAUCACACAGGUUAUAGACCUUUUAGACAGAAUACGGACAUGCAGGCUCCCUUUUGCCUGUGAAAAGAUCGUUGAGGUAACUCAUAGAAAUUGGUUGGUGCUCCCUGCUAAAAUCAAGAACUGCAAAUCAAGCCAAAGAGUGGAAACUCAAGAAGAUAUCGAGGAAGAUCCUCAACAGAAAGAAUGUGAUGAAAUCCAAACUCUGGAUCAAAUAGUUCUUAACGAAGGUGAAGGCGAUGAGUCAUUUCCUGAUGAUGCUGAAACACACUGCUCAGCACCUUACGUUGCGAGACCAUCGCGUUGGCAGGACGCUCAUUCAGCAUUCCUCACCAAGCUGAGAAAGUUCCGACCACCACUUUCUUGAUGCUGCUGCUGUUAGCUGCUAACCUGAGGUUGUAUGGGAAUAAAGAGUUACAAAAUAGCUAUGUUUUGCAAGUUUUGUAACUUCUAGGUAAUUGCUGCUUUGAUUUCUACUGCCUAUCAGACUCCUAAAUCCUACUUGCUAUUUAAAGGGAAAUGUUUUAACAGUCAUCGUGUAUGGCACGGCAGUGCAACACCAAUUGUUCGGCAAAGCACAGCCUCUGUUUCUUUGUUCAGUGCAUUUCAUUCUUCAUUCUUUGUAAACCAAUCCAUGGAGUUGUCUUGGUUCCAGGUAUUAUCUCUUCUCCUUUUGCUGGACAGGCUCUGACAGUCUACCAGAAAUCAGGAGGGGGAAGAAAAUUGGUAAGAAAACUUUUGAGAUGCUAGUGAAGCAGCUUCCAACUUGGCUACAUACCAACUGGUUGCUAUUGGGUUCUGUAAGAAUAGUGUUUGCACAACUGUAAUGGAAACUGAAAUUCACUGAACUUGUUCUUUAGAUAAAAGCUGUGCUCGUUUCUAAGAAAAGAUACCAGUUGUUGAUAAGAAUAGCUUUUUUUCCAGAAACUAUGCUGAGAUCUGCCAUGGUGUUUAUUAGCUUUGCUAUGAGGUACUCAAAUGGUCAAAUCAGACACAGAGCUGGAACUUGAAGUUUAAUUAAUUGAAACUCUAACCCUUAAUAAGGAAGUAAUAAAUAAUUAAUACUAAGAACACUGCAAUAUGUCUUUGCAGAACAGGGGCCUUAGCACAGGAAGUUUACAUCUCCGGGGUUCCACUCUCAACUGUAAUGAAAGAUUAGACAUAACUGCUCUGAGUAUCAGAGGCUUCUCAUGUAAAGGCCCAGGAGACAGCUUUGAGUAGUUCGCUAUGUAAAGAUUCUAUUCUAUAAAACAGUUUUUGCAAUGAACUCCUAUAUUCUUUUCCAUACAUGCCCCAACUCUGAAAGAGUAUCUUGCAUAAAUUCUGUCAAAGACAGAGCUGCACUUAAAGGAGACAGAUCAUCUUACCACACCAAGGAUAAAGCGGUCCUUACUGUGGUUUAAAGGGAAAUACAGCCUCAGUUGCCUAAACUAAUUCUAAAAUAUUUGCUGUGUUUAACCAUACCUUGGGCAGAAGCAGGAGAGUCAACUAGCAUUUUUUCAAUUGCAAAGGUGUCCUUCAAAUCCUGGGAUGAACAUAACUCUUCUAAACUGCCAGCAGAUGAGGAGGAAGAUGACAAUCCCAGUCGUACAAAUCUUCCUUUGUUACCACAGACGUAACAGGGGAUAGGAGAAUUAUUAGGUCCUCGUGGCAGAAGAAUUUUAUCUUUGUUGUAGUUCCUUAUGGCUCCACUGUGGUACACAGAGCGUUCUCGCUGCCAGAUGUAAUGUGUUGGAGCAAUAGCCAUUACCUAGCAGAGCAACCAUUCCAUCAGAAGUGAAAAUAACUGGCAAACAUACAGCUGAGAACAAGGGAUCCAAUUCACAUAUAACAAAAUUAAGACUAGAGAAGAGGUACCUUGUCUGCCUCAGUCUCACUAGUUUUGCUAACACAGGUGAGAAUAAGUGGACUGGUUGUAUUCAGAUGUUUAAAUGUGAUAAGUAAAGCAUCACAAAUGCCAGGUUAUGCUUUAUUUGUUGGACUGAAGUUGUUGUCUUUUACUAUUAAACAUAAACUAGAUGGAUCUUCUGGCUCACGAAGUCAUUAAACUCACAACAACCAAGUUGGUACGGUGUGCUCUGAAGCACACUCCACUCUUGCCUCAUUGCUUGUAUUUUUCCCAUAAGCAUCUCAUCCCAUUCCCAGAACAGAUUUUCUUUUCCACCAGCUGUAGUAAACAUUAUGUUCUUCAAACAUAGCAGGGCUUUUUCAGACAGACAGAUGUCAUCUGGAAAGCAAGGAAUGCCUUUUACCCCCCAGUAUGUUUGAAAAAUGGAGGUUGUAACAACACAUUAACAAAGCAUGUUAAAAGCAUGUCCUUUCUUUUUCGAAAUAAAGUGAAAAUCCAUUGCCUUACCAAGUCUAUUAAAGUUACAUUGUUAACUUUUAAGAGAGUAAAAUUUCACCUGCGGUGCUACUUAAAGGUUUCACUUUGUGUACAAACUCGGAAUUUGUAAAGCAAAGAUGCAUACAAAAAUAUUUCCGCAGUGAAUGACGUUUAGCAGCUAAUAAUAUACUUUAAGCAAAAUUAUUUGCACAAAGCAGAAAGAUUCUUGUCCUUAGAGCUUGAAACUGUAGCAUAACAAAAUAUUCUAGUUUACCUUAAAACCAUUGUUUCAAAGACUGUAUUUUGAAUGCAGAAGAAAAAAAACUGAUGAAGGAAAAGCUCCACCUUUUCCUUCCUGUGGCUCAUCUACUCACUUUAGGGAAGAAAUUGUUAGCGUGGAGCUAUACUGUUAAUUGGUAUGAAUUGUAGUUUCAGCAUCUACGGUAUUAAAACUGUCCCUACCUCUUCACAGCAACGUCUGCUUACAAUAGCCCUGUAGUCAAUUCUACUCCACAGAUGAUCCCUUAACUUUAAGAAAUCAGGAAAGAGCAUUCUCCAGUUAUUUCCCAGAGCCCAUGGGAAAAUCUCAUACUUUGAUUCUUCGUUCUCUUCUUCCACUGUAUUUGCCAGAUACCUUGAAAUAUAUAUAUAUGUUUGUGUCUGUUAUUCAAUCUCAAAUUGUCAUAUGAAUGUGAGUUCUAACACUAAGAGACAUAUUAGUUAUUUUUCCUAAUAUUCUAAGGAAAAAAAUUUCUAAUAAAGCAGUCUUCUUUCCAGAUAACAA